ACCUAUUGUGUUAGUGCAAUGUAACCCAAGCGUCCGAGCGCCUUCGUGAAGUUUGAUACAACAACAACACAAACAACAAAAUGGCAUUGGAAUCUACUGUACAAUUGCAACAAAACAAUGAUGCGAUACGCUCGAAAACACCGGAAAAACCUGUUGACAGGGAAAAGACAUGCCCACUUCUACUUAGGGUCUUCUACAACACUGGCCGUCACAAUCCACUGAAUGAUUACACGAGGGGAAAUGUGCCAAAUAAUGAGCUCCAAAUUUACACCUGGUUAGAUGCCACAUUGAAGGAGCUGACAAGCCUGGUAAAGGAGGUGAACCCAGAUGCCCGCAGGAAGGGAACCUUCUUUGAUUUCUCCAUUGUGUACCCUGAUGCACGGUCACCGACGUAUCGGAUGCGAGAAAUUGGGACCACCUGUUCCGGGCACAGGGGCGCUGAUGACACCGUCAGCCUGGCGUCAAAGAAAUUUCAGAUCGGGGACUAUAUUGACAUUGCUAUAACUCCCCCUGGGCCGGGCGCUAGGGGAGGACCUGUAAGACCCGGUGGCAUGCGCAGAAAUAGACCAUAUUAGUGGUAAUAUUUGCCAUCAAUGAUGAUCAUCAUGUAUUAGUUGCGAUGGUAGCCACAUUUCUAUUUCACCGAGUUUGGAAUAUUUGUUUUCCUGCACUAGUGCAAAUCCGCAUCCACGAAACAACACUUAUUGAAUUGCAGUUUUAAAAUGUAUUUAAUGAUUGACAAAUGGUAUUAUGCCUUAUUUUGAUUAUAUUUGUAUUUCAUGUUUCCCAAUUUUAUGGUUUAUCACAUUGUUGUCCUUACCCAAAACUCAUACAGCAUGUGCAAUGAAAAGCAUAAACAAAAAACAACACUAGAUUAUAUCAGGCUAAUCUUAAAGUGGGUGUAAUUUGAUUUCAUCAAUUUUCGCAGUUUACUCCAAUUAAGAAUAGGAAUUCAUUACCAGGUAUUCAUGACUAAAUGUUACGAUGAAAUAUUUAACUGUUAAUACACAAAAGGCAUUCAUUUUUGCCGUGCUCUGUGAAAAGGGGGUUAAAUGUGAGUAAAGUUUCGUCCCAGAUUAGUCUGUGCAGUCCACACAAGCAAUCAGGGACGACAUUUUCCGCCUACACUGGAUUUUGCUAAGAAGAGCCUUUCUUUAAAUGAAAAAUAUCAUAAAAGAAGACGACACUACACACAUGAAUUAAACCCCCUUUUCACAGAGCAUGACUCAUUUACAUGUUAGUUGUGCUGGUAUUACACAGCUGUUAAUUCUAUGUCAGUCAGAAAUGGAACAGCGCUGCACAGACAGCAGCUUGUGUUUCAAAAUGUGUGAAGCCCGUCACUAUUAAUGAGACAGUCUCAGUUUAGCCUAGUUUAAGAUUUGUGUCGCUUGUUUAAAAAAAAAGUAUCCCCCUGAAAGACAUACAAAUUUGAUCAGAUAAAUGCAUUUACAAAUAUCAAACUUAGGUUUUGUAGCUUAACCAGUUUAGAAGAAAGAUUUUAUAAACACACAUUCUUGUUUUUAAAUGCCAUUUUUAGAGAAAACAUUGAUUCUGUGUACUGUUUUCUGUAGAAAAAACCAUAAACUUUGAGUGAACAUAUUUCCUGUCAUUUUCUUAAUUUCAUAAAUCAUGUUUAUUAGAUUCAGGUCAUUAGUUCACUUUGACUUCGUUUAUAUUAAAUAAUUGAAAUAAAACUGAAUUACA